AUGGCGAACACGAUUAUAUCGACGCCCAUGGAGCAGGACAGCCAUCGCAUAAGUCAGCAUAUCAACCAUCCUGUCUUCUCUGACCAAGACCCAACGCCGCGAGCUUCGGGGAAUGAGCCUUGGAGGUUCACUCCUCUGCUUGAUAACGGCACCUUUUCCUUUUCUUCCUUUCCACAAAACGUUUCCAGCUUCUACCCGCCCGUGAACGGUGGUCACAGCAAUGUCUACGGCCCACAGGCCGACGGCCUCCACUCGUCGGCCCUAGGCUUGACCAUGGGCAUGAAUGCUCCGCUAUCUAUGCCCGCCUCAGAAGUCCCUCUACCGCAUGGAACCACGUCUGCCGCCAUGAUGGAUAUUGGUCCCGCGGGAUACUCUAAUAACGGCCUACACCCUCAAGCAUUCCAUACCUUCACGCAGCCGUUCAACCAGCAGACGCCAACACAACCCACCUUUGCGCCAACAAAUUUCAUGCAUCAUGAUUCAUAUGAACCAAUGGACCACGAUGCUACUAUGGACGCUAGUCAGGCCGUCGCCUAUAACGACGGCAAUGUCGGGCUCUUGUCAGUUCCUCAGGGGCAUCCGCAAGUACCCACACAGUACACUGCUCCGAAUCCAAAUGCUAUAGGAAACAUGGCUUUGAUGAGUUUGCCUGCAGCUGCCGAGAAAUUCAGAUUUCAGACCACACUCAAUGCCCCGACAGCUAUGAUCAAGCACUCCGACGAAAUCCCAAUCAGCUACCUGAACAAAGGCCAAGCAUACUCUUUGUCCAUCAUAGACACUGAGCCCGAAUUGCCCAUCAUUCCAGGAACCAAAUUUCGGACAUUUGUGCGCAUCUCCUUCGAAGACGAGCAGCAGCGACGUAAGCCUGGCGUGUGCUGGAGUUUGUGGAAGGAAGGCCGCGGCACAAAUGAAGCCCAUCAACGGGGAGGCAAGCUCCAGGCUGUGGAAUACGUCGAAGCGGCCCUCCCGCCUGAGGGCGACGAAAAGAGAACCCGCGUCGAGCUCGAAAGUGCAUCAUUCGACGGGUUUUCUGUCGUCUGGACACCAGGCAUCCAUGGACACGUGGAAUGCAACAUUGCCGUCCGCUUCAACUUCCUAUCCACCGAUUUCAGUCACUCCAAAGGUGUCAAGGGAAUCCCCGUUCGCCUGUGUGCCAAGACAACUCGGUAUCCGCUGCCCCCAAUCACUUCGCAAACAGCUAGCCCCAAAGACACGUCACCCUCUGGUGCUGAAAUCUGCUUUUGCAAAGUGAAGCUCUUCCGCGAUCAUGGCGCCGAGCGCAAGCUGUCCAAUGAUGUCGCCCAUAUCAAGAAGACCAUCGACAAACUGAAGCAGCAGAUUGCCCAGGCAGAAAACGGCAUGAAGGAUUUCAGUAAGCGAAAGCGGCCUGGUGGUGCCACCGCUGCCAUAACGGCCCAGCAGAACAAGCCCAUCCCUGACUUGCAGCGCGUCGGGAAAGUUCCCAAGCACAAGAGAACGUGGUCCAUGUCUUCGACCAGCUCUGGUGGCGAUAUUAAUGGAAACUCUGGCAACGGUAGUGCCACAAACAGCAACUCGGGUGGCAACAGUAUGAGGCUGGCUGUGGAGGAAGACCUUCACUGCAAGCUACAGACAUUGCAGGACAUGUUCACCAGCACAAGACCUGUCAGUAUUUUGUUUUUGAAAGGCGACGAGCUGGACGACCCCGAUCUGCAUCCAGUAUCGCUCCCCGGCGAACCCACAGACCUUACCAAAAUAGAGUCCCGCGACAGUCUGCUUGCGUGGCGCGAACAAAGCGGCCGCGGCUCGGCAACCGGUUCAUCCAUGGUUUCCCCGUCACCUAGUUCGCUUUCGUUACAUUCGCAAUUAUCAAUGAAUGGCGGAACAAACGUCACUAGCAACGGACACUGGUCGGACUAUCCUGAGGAUGUCAACCAGAUACCAUUAUCACGACAAGGCUCCGAUCAACUAGCCAGAAUCAGCAAGACGGACAGUUCCGGCAAUCUGAGCGGAUGGAUAGAGACAUUGGGAGUUGACCCGAACUACCGCCCGCCUCCAUCAUCGGACCGGGCAAGACCAGUAGCCUGCCUCUAUGUCUUGCGCCGGAACGGACAGUCUUCCGCCAACGGACAUACCAACCUGCACCCAUCGGGUGGCAGCAAUAGCCAACGUGAAUAUCAUCGUGCCAUCUACCUGAUGCAACGAACGUUGUCCGAAUUUGUGAGCAGAAUCGUGAGCAAGUGGAAACUUGACCCCAGCAAAGAGACGCGUACCGUCCGUGUGCUUCCCCAAGGGCUGGAGGUGGAACUUGACGAUGAAACGGUGGCAGAGCUGCCUGAGGGCCAAGACAUGGUGCUUGACGUGGUGGAAUUGCCACUAUCCAUUUUACAUCAGCAUGGUCCGUCUAUCAAAGGAGAAUGGGACAUGGCCGUCGACGGCAAAGUGGGCACGAACGGCCCCAACACAGGAUACGAGUUUCGCCUAUCGUUUUGA